UUCAAAACUCUUUCUUUCUUCGCCUCCUCCAUAUUCUCAUCUCAAACCUUUACUCUAAUGGCUACCAAAUCUGCUGGAGAACCCUCAGAAGCACUUAAGUACCAGACAUGGAUCCUCAAAGUUUCCCUCCACUGUGAAGGUUGUAAGAGGAAAGUCAAGAAAGUUCUCAAGAGCAUUGAUGGUGUUUUUACCACAGCCUUUGAUUUACAGCAACAGAAAGUUACAGUGACCGGAAACGUAGCAGUUGAGACUCUGAUUAGAAAGCUGCUUAAAACAGGGAAACACGCCGAGAUUUGGCCGGAAACUAUCGCCGGAAAAGAGAAAAAAUCCGGGAGAGCAAAGAACAAGAACAAAGAUAGUGACCCAGAAAGUGGCAUAAACGACAAUGGCCAAAAGGAUGAGAAUCCAUGUGAGAAAGUUGAAGAGAAGCUUGUCUCUGUUAAAAACAGUGGAAAAGAAAGUGGCGGAAAUUCGCCUGGAAAUCCUCCCGCCGGAGAGGAGUCGCCGACGGUGGAUCAAAAGGGCAGCGAAAGUACUGAGGGUGGUGCUGCUACCACCGCUGCAAAAGGUGGCGGAAAAAAGAAGAAAAGAAAAGGGCAAAAAGGUAAUAAUGUGAGCAGUGGUUUGCCUGCACCAUUGUUUGGUAAUGGUAGGCCUGCGGGCACCGGAUCUCAAAGUCAUGAGCUGGGUACGAAUCAUGGUGUGAGCCUGAUGAAUCUGAACCCUACACGUCACUCAUCAAGCCACUACCCACAAGGAAAUUACCCUCAUGUUCAACCUGUGUAUGUUGCAAGUUACAGUAGGACACAUCCUACCCCAAGUUUUGGACCCUCCUGUUGUGUUCCAUCAUCACCGUACACGUAUGCAGGCACCCACCAAGAGAUUUAUCCAGUGCAAGCAACACCGUUGGAUUCCUUUGAGAUUUUCAGUGAUGAAAACGCCAAUGGGUGUUCCAUCAUGUGAUUGCCC